GAUCGAAGAAUUGUCAAUAAAAUUAAACGGGUUGAUAGACUUAAAUGUAACAUAAAAAUACAAAUAAUCAAAUAUGAACAUUCCGGCCAACGGGCCGGGUUAUAAGCUAGUACUACUAUAAAGGUGUAAUUCUCAUGAGUUCGAACUGAUAAUUUCUAACAACCAAGGUGAUGUGAUGUGAUGCGAUGAUUGGUCGAUUGCCGAUUGGUGCUUUAAUUCUGAUGCUUUGAGCAAUAUCUUGCAGAUAAGAAGAGUAUAGCUCAUGGCAUAGACAAGUCGCAAGUAUUUAAUUAGUACCAUUUAAGCAAACCCUAUUUGAUUUCUCAAACAUUGUCGAGUUACAAAGAUAGUUAUCAAAUUGUUAGCACUGCAAAUUAACAUUUUUUAUAGAGUAAGUUGUAAACUAUGUUGUGGCACGGAUGCUAGAAAUUGCAUAAGGGAGAACAAUCUUGCUUGGCUUCUGUUGAAGCCAACUCAUUUGCUCGCGUUUGCCUAUUCAUAACAUUUAAUGCAUUGUCUCCUCCAACGAGCGUGUGCCUCGACCGACAUCUCCCCACAUACACUGAAAAGGGGUGCCUGCACUAACCUGUCAGCUUUUGUACUAAUUUGGCGGAUGCCUAUUUUGUCGUUAUGCGCCUUUAACGAAGGGCCUCUUUUUCCUGUGCAACUCAAAAUUGGUUAACAUGGGCUUUGCUCAAUUUGGGCUUGCUCCAAUACUAUUAUCAUGCUAAGUGGGUUUGACUAAGCUACUUCUAAACACCCCCAACAGCUUCCAAAAAGCCCUAGGAGAUGGGAAUUGGACCUUUGAUUGUUAGAGUCGGAGUGGAAGAAGAUAGCAGACAUGCUUAAGAAGAAUGACGAAUGCAUAACUCAGAUGGGGAGUGUGUGCAUAGUAAGGUUGUCACGCCAGCGUUAAAGAUGAUUUAGUAAGUGAUAUGGUCCGAUCAGGAUAAAAUUGGUUUGUAUAGGUUUUAACAAAACAUGCGAAAAAAGUGGGAAACCGUUAGUACCAAAUGAAUUUUGCAUAUAUAUUAUCUAUCUUAAGAUAACAUUUAAUGUCACAAUCCAAAGUAUACUUAAUUCAGCAAAUAACAUUAGUAUCUAAAUGUUCAUACUUGAAUCCACAUAAAUUUCUUUCUUUUGUUGAUUAACUCCACCAAAACCACGUCUUUAUUUUAGGAUAAAAAAUUGAUGAUUUUAGAUUGACCACUAAUUUUCCUGAUUUUGAUAAUCUUUACUGAUUUUGACUACUGCUUCGUACUGUUUAUCUUUCAUCCUUUUUUUUUGUUGAAUACCAGUUGAAGUUGAUUGUACUGAUCGACAUACCAAUGAAUUGAGAACCAUUGUACAAAACAUAAAGUAGUUGUGGGGAUUGAUUGAAGUGAGAAAAUAGAGGAAGAAGACUCUCUCUCUUACUUUCCUUUCUCACUCUAAACUCUCUGAAAUUCCAAACGUUGAAUCUGGGUUUCCAGCAGCAUCCUUCAAUGAAGGUGCUUUUUCGGCCUCCUUAGGAAUCCUAAUGGAGAGGAAGAAGAGUCUCAUCUUCUGCAAACCAACCAUCAAUGAGUUGUAUUGUCUCCUCAGGAGUAAAUACCCCCAACGCUCCCUGCUACCCUCCAUUAAAAGCUCAACCUUUGACAUUACUACCUCUUCUCCUUCCCCUGCAACCAGAUCUGGAAACCAGAAAAUUAUCCCUACCUCAUUUAACCCAUCUAGCUUCUCCAGUCCCAUGUCAAACCACACCCAAGCCAAAUCUUAUUCCUUAAAUUCCCAAUCUCCGCAUAGCUUGUCAGUAGCCGAAACUGAGAACAUAAAUCCCAGUCUUUUCAAACCACCUAGACCCGAGAACAGAGUAGCCUUCUCUGGAAAUAUCAUCGAGCCCUGGGAUUGGCGUACUGAAGAAGGAGAAGCUUUUAUGGUGAUCCAUACCCAUCAAUCCCAAAUCCCACCUAAUUACCUAGCUCUUUCAUUGCUGGGUAUUAAAGAUGGGUUCCCCCUCUGCUCUAUAUCUAAACCGUGGUCUCCCUGGAGUUGUUAUCCUAACCCAGACUUGAAAGACUACCUUCUCUGCCCUGAUUCUGAAAUUCCCCUUCUCCCUCUCCAAAUGGCCAACCAAACCGAAAACUCCAUCUCGGUCCAGUCCCAAGAGUGGGAUGAUGAAGAGCUUGCAAUCAUCUUCACUGAUGAGUUCCCACAAUCCCAGGAGGGUCCGCGUCUGCGCCUGGUUGGGAAGCUCUUUACUGAGAGAGAGAUCAGCCGAUGGACCAUCUCGGGGAAGAUCAAUGGAGCUUGGUCUCAUUUCUGUGAACCAACUGUCCAUGAGGUACAAAGAGCCAAAAACACCUUCAUCUUCACCUUUGGCACUGCUGCUGAGAUGGAAAAGGCCCGGGUUGGCAGACCAUGGAAUGUGUCUGGGUGUAUGCUUCAAUUGAAGCAAUGGGAUGAAUCCAUCAUACCACAAGAUCUUCCUUUUGAUCUAGCUGAUUUCUGGAUCCAAAUCCAUGGAAUCCCAGAACACAGGAAGACGGUUUCUAACAUUCAGUCGGCAGUGGCAAUGUUCAAACAGAUCCAUAACAUUGAUAUGAGGGGCUUGAACUCUGAGCGCUAUAUGGAGUUCGUUCGUGUGCUGGUCCAAGUUGAUCUCAACCGCCCUCUUCCCCCAGGUUCCUACUUCAACAACAAUGGGUGUCGUGAAUGGAUGGGAUUUCGAUAUGAGAAGCUCUACUCCUUGUGCUACUACUGCGGCAGAUACGGCCACAACAAACAAGAAUGCCCCCGUAGAAUUGCUGAUGUCGAAGCUAGAGUGGCGGGUCCUCCUGAGGGGCGUUUCACCCCAUGGAUGAAGGCAGGGACCAAUGCGAGGAGACCUCCUCCUCCUCCGCGUGGUCGAAUCAUGCCGCUGCCAACUGCGGAUACAGGGUCCAGCUCCAACUCGCCGGGUUUUGAGCAGAACCAAAUCUGGGUGGCUGGUGGGGGAUCGCCGGGAACCGGCAGCUUCAAUCCGGCAGAUUCCUCCUCACCGACGACUGACGGAGGCUGGGGACUCGCUAUCCGAGGACCGUCGGGGUUCACCCCACACCCGUUCCCAGGAGGGGAUUCUUCGGCAAGCCCCAGGUCUGUCUCAGGGCCCCACUCCCAACGGCUCCAAAGCCCAAUCUCUGCUCAAAAUAUGGUGUAUUAUGGGGCCCAGGCAGCUGCUUUUUCUCCCACUAGAGAAAACAUUAAUCGUCUCCUCUCCCCCUCUGUUGUCCGCAAUCUGUCCAUGGACCUCAAUGAAGGGCAAUGGGCUGGAAUGCAUCAAGCCCACCACACUCAUUCUGUUCUUGAAGGGAUCCAGGCCCAAGCCUCUCUCCUUUGCACCAGCAACCAGCCCAACCAAUCAAACUUAGCCCAAGUUAUGAUUGAUAUUAACCAGAAGAUGGAUCUUAACAAAAAAACCAGCAGAGGAAAGCCAGCAACAGUGUGUUGUUUUUUCAGGGGAGGAUCAGAGGGAGCUGAAGAAGAGGAAGCAGGGUCAGGAACUCGACUUUGAAGGCCCUUAUUUUUCCCCCGGUGACAAUUCAGUCAAACCAAGGAAUGCUCGAAUCAGAACUAAGAGCUACAAGCACCAACUUGGGAUGGGGAAAAUGGCUCAAAGACAGGAAGAAGAUACAAAGGUGCAACAGCAACAAUAUGAACCCGAGAAAACUGAAGUGCAGGUGGCCUGCAAUAAGCCACCGGGUGGAAA